GGAGUAAAUCGAAAUUCUUCAUGAACCUUUGCGGCCGCAACGUUUUCACUUUGUAAAAUUAUUUUUAUAUAGCUCUGCUCAACAGUUAUAAUACAGGUCGUUGGACUCGGAAAAAGCUUACCUGAUUGGUCAAGCCGGACUGGGCAACACAGCUGAAUACGGACAGUUAGCACUUGGUCAGCAGGAUAACUACUGUAUGGGUGGACCGGGAAUCGUGAUGUCACGCGAGACACUUCGUACCGUUGCGCCGCAUUUGCGUUCCUGCCUGAUGGAGCUACUUACUAACCACGAGGACGUCGAACUUGGGAGGUAACA